UGAUUGUCUGAAAUAUAUAUAUAUAUAUAGGAAUGAGCCUUCUCUUCAUCCUUACCGAGUGAUCAUACGCUUUUGAAGAAGAAGAUGGAAGAGGAUUUGAUGAGGAUGCAGAGGACAUUGAUGGAAAGAAGAAGGGUGAGACAGUACAAGAAAUCUGAUGCUCCGAGGAUGCGAUGGACGGAGGAGCUUCAUCAUCGCUUCGUUGCAGCAGUCGACUUGCUCGGAGGCGAAACCAGAGCAACACCAAAGAGAAUUAUGGAAACAAUGGGUUUAAAAGGAAUAAGCAUAUCUCAUGUUAAAAGCCAUCUACAGAUGUACAGAAGUUGGACGAGCCUUCACAACAUCCCUGAUCAGUGGCAACCACAAGAACAUCCUUGGCACGAACUGGUCGCUCUCGCUCACACAAGGCCAUCCUUCGAGGCGACUCUUCGAGGUCGCGCAGCAAGGAACACCAUCCCCAGCGCUAUUUCAAAUGUCAAUAGCCUCGGUCAGCGUUGGAGUAGUUUAGGAAAUUUUGCAACAUCCCAGGACGAGAACGACGAAGUAGUAUUGAAGAAGCAGCACCAGUACUUGAACCUAGAGCUGACCAUCUCGUUACCAUGCAGCUCUUAAUUAAUUCGAAUACACAAUAUGUCAAACAAAAUUUUCUGUCCCAAAAUCCUUUCUGAUGAUGCAUCAUCCAGAUAGAUUUUGGAACGGAAACUUCUGUUGGGCCAUGCUCUAUGGAUUGUACAAGACAUGAAUGAGUUAGUGCAGUGUAAUUUAUGAAAUAUUUGAAAUAAGCAGACUUUAUAACUUGGCCCAGCGCUGCGAUCGCGGGGCAGUCCGAGCAAUGCGGCGUUGUGAAAUGGUUCACGCGGGGGAACAAAACAAAAGCGAGCAUUGAAUGCUGCUCCAACGUCGCCUAUGGAUCGACGAUGCUUGGGCCACAGCCAAUCGCAUUGAAUGCCGGAUAUCGACACGCCACAUUAAUGCUCGAUGGGGGACGUGAUGCAGCAAACCAUUAAUGCGCAGCGAGCCGCAUAUACACAUAGGCACACGCAGAG